AUGGAUAAUACGAGUAUGAGUAUUGAAGAUAUGGAAACCAUUGAAAUUGCAAAAUAUGCCAUAGAAAAAGAACUAUCUGAUUUAAAGAAAAUUGUUGACCAUUUAUGCGAAAUGCGAGUUCAAGCGUUUGACUUAGAAUGUAAUGUGAUGACAAAAGUGGAUUCAAAAACAUGGACUAAUAUCUCCGAACUAAUAGGCUUGUCUCGCUCUCUGCUGCUAUCUGAAGGCGAGAUUACAUUUUCU